ACGCAAGUGCUUGUAACGAGGGAUCUUUGGGCCGAGCGGGGCGGCGAUGGACGGAAGGCCCGACAACAUUCGGACGUUGAUCCUCGAGAAGGAGAAGGAGCUCCAUGACAUCAACGAGUACCGGAUUCGGACGCUCGAGACGAUGCUCAAGGAGAAGGAGGCGGCGAUGGGCAGCUACAAGCAAAAGUUCCACAAGCUCCAGGAAGACUUCAAGUACAAUCUCAAGCUGCUCGAGGGACGCGACGAAGAGCUGGCCAUGUACGACAGCAACUUUGCGACCAUGAAGAUUGUGCUGCGCGACCGCGAGAACGAAAUCGGCGAGCUGCAGAUCCAGCUCGCAGAUGUGGCCUCGGACAUGAAGGCCGAGAAGCAAAAGCACGCCGAGCAAGACGCGUUCUACACGCAAAAGCUCAAGGACGUGCGCGCCCAAGUCGAGGCCGCGCGCUGGUCCUACGACGACGCCAUGCGCAAGCAAAAGGACGAGUUUGAUGCAUACAAGCGGCGUAACGAGCGCGAGCUGCGCGAGAAGGACGAAGACAUGGAGAGCCUCCGGCGAGAAAUGUCGGUCACGUUCGACGAGCUCCUUCGCGCGCGCGAGGCCGAAGCCAAGGCCACCACCGACGACAUCACUACCAAGCUUCGCGAGACCGAGCUCAAGGCCAAGAGUUUAGCGCGCGAGGUCGAGACGACCAAGGAGCGCAACACGGAGCUCCGGCGCAAGGUCGACGACCUCCUUUCGCAAGUUCACGAAUCCGAUACACAAGCCAAAGCGCUGCAGUGGGAGCUCAGUGACGUACGUGGCUUGAAGGACGCCAAGAUUGCCGAACUUGAAGCCGACAAAGUAGACCUCCAGCAAGUCAAACAAGCCCUUCUCGACGAGUACGAGGGCAAGAUGGCCGAGCUCUUGCAGUCGCUCCAUGCUGUGGAAAAGGCAUUUUUGCAGCAGAAGGCCCAGUUCGAGGACGAAGUCCGGCGCGUGACGCAGCGCAAGGACAACGAAAUGAAGGAGCAUGGCGUCAAGUUUGAAGCCCGCAUCGAGGCGCUCAUUGGUAAGUUGCGCUCGGUGGAAGAGACGUUAGAGAAGGUGCAGACCGAACUCAAGCAGUCCAAAUGGGAAGCCGACGACCAACUCUUACAGCGCGAGCGCGAGAUGGAGCGGCUCGUCUCAGACCACAAGGACGCUUUGGAGCAACGCGAGACGAUGCUCAAGGAGCUCAAGAACGAGCUUUGGACAGCCCAAGUCGAGCUCAAGUCGUCAAAAGACGCGAGUCGGCAGUCGCUCCAGCUCGUGACGGACGCCAAAGAAAAAGAAUUGCACGCCAAGCAGCAAAUUACGCAGCUGCACGAGCAAAUCGAGGACUUGCAGCGGCGUGCGACGAGCCACGACGCGUCCAACGAGUCCAAGCUUCGAGAUCUGGAACAGGAAUGGCAGGCCAAGUUUGACAUCAAGUACCGGGAGCUCGCUGCUUUGAAAGAUCGGCUCCAAGCCGAGAAGAUGGCGGUCGAAGAUCGGUACCGACACGCCGAGAAUGAGCUCGUGCGCCUGCGUGGAGACCUCUUUGCCCAAAAGGCCGCGCUGCAGAUGAACGAAGCGUUCAAGUUGCCGUCGUCGUCGGUGAAAACCGUGUCCGAGCCGGCGCUGUCGCCGUCGUGGACGGACCCGCCACCGUCGAUCGGCAGUCUUCCGCCCGUCUCCCCGCCGCCGAGCGUCGUCGCAGCGACUCCGACCAAGCCCGUCGACUCGCUCGAAGCCGAGAACGCGCGGCUCAAGAGUGUCAUUCGCGCCAUGACCGAAGAGGUCAUCAAGCAAACCGCCGCCGUCUCCCCCGACUCGGAGGCAACCGACUUGGCGCGCCAGCUUUCGCAAGCCGUCGCCGACGCUGACCGGCUCCAAGCACGCGUGCACGAGUUGGAGCAAGCAGGCUCGGCGACGCUGCAAGCGCAACUCUUGCAUGUGCAGCAAGAGCUGCUUGUCGCGCAGCAGACGCUGGACGCCAAGAACCAGCUCAUCGAACGGCUUCAGAAGGAGAAUGCGAUGCUCCAAGCCGCUCGCCCGUCGACGGAGUCGAACGCCACUGCGCAACAGCUCACGCAAGCACUCCAGGACAUCCAAGUGCUCCGACACGAGCGCAACCAGCUCAUGGAGCUCAGCAAUCAGCUCACGGCGGACCUGCGCAAGCAGCAGCUGCAGAGCCCCGUGGACACGACCGCGCGGAUCGCCGACCUCACGCAGUCGCUGGAAGAGUACCGGCUGCACAACAAGGCGCUCAAGAAGGAGCUGCGCAAGUGGCUUAAAAAAGGCGAGUUCACACUGUCCGCCGCGCCCGUCGAGCCGCCGCCAGCCCGUCGACGUUCCGACCCGAUCGACGACGACGACGAGUACGACGACGAGGCACCGCCCGACGAAGCCGGCGACGUGUCGACGCCACUGCCGACGCGCCGGCCAUCAAAUUUGGCGAGUACGCUCUUUCAACAAGCACCGAGACCCGAGGCCAACUCGUCCCUCUCGGACGCGCGGCUCAAGCUCAAGCACGCCAAAGAGGUGCUUGCGCUCGCGGGAAAGAAGGUCGACGAGCCCCAGAAAGCGCGCGCGGCGUCCAUGGUUGUCUCGAGCAGUCAAAAGGAGACGCCAAGCCAGCGCUCGGCCAUGCACAAGCUCAAGGAGCUCCAGUCCAAGCGCGCCGAGAUGGCUGAAGAGCGCAAAAAGGUUCGCAAUUACAGCGUACCGGGUACCUAACCCUGCAAUCGAAAAUGUCAAAAUGUCUUUCUUGUCGAGCCGCGA